ACAGAGACAGAACAACCUAUCAUUGGAGAUUGGGGAUUCUAUAAUGUUGGAAAUCAACUGCCAUCACCAUGGAGAAAUACAUCGACUAAUGGUCGUUCAGUAAUAUAUUGUGAUGAUGAUAUGUGUGGACAGAUAUAUAAACCAUUGGAAGGCUUCUUCUAUGCAUACUUUGAAGGUAGCACAGUGGGCUCGAUCACCUUGGAGCAGGACUUUGACGUGCGUCCAUUCACCAACAACAUGUCAAUGUUUCUCGACUUCUCGUGCUCGUCCAACUCCUUCCAGAUCAAGUCGUCGUCCGUCUCCUUCCGCGUCAGCAUCAACGACAUAAACGUCAUGGUGCUCUCCAACACGCUAAACAUCAUCGACUACCACAUAGACAUCUCCUACUACCUCAACUUCAGCUCGCCCACCAAUAAGAUCAAGUUCACCUCGACCCGAAGUGUCAACGACUUUGGCGACUUUGACUACUCGUCGCCCAGGUCAUUGGGCAACGAUGACUUCCAAGGCUUCUUCUUGUCGGGCGUGACAGUCCUGCCAAACUACCCAUCAUAUAUUUCAUCCGAUAUCUAUGUGGACUUGGUCAAGGGAUCAGACCGCAAUGGCGAUGGAUCUGCCAACUCGCCAUUCUCCUCACUCUCAAUGGCCCUGUAUCGUAUCAUGCCAACGUACAACAUCUUCCUCGCGGACGGUGUGUACUGCGGCUUCACAUUCUGGUACUCAAUCACAAAGUCCGUGUCGAUCAUUGGCACCUCACGCGACGGCACCAUCAUCAAUGGCCAGGACAGACUACAGGCGUUCCACGUGGCCGGUGGCAUCAUUCAGGUGAACAUCGCCAACGUGACCAUCACCAAUGCCUACUCGAGCGCAAUGGUCAAUGGUGGUGCGGCUCUGCUGCUCGAGGGAUCGGUCAGCACGGUGGUCAUGAGCAAUGUGUUGGUCAUCAACAGUCGAGACUACGCCAACAAGGGUGUUGUGACGGCCAGUGGAAACGUGGACCUAUAUCUCAACGAUUGCACGAUCACCAACUGUUCACAAUCGGUCACAUCUUCAUUCGGCCCGGCUGUCAAUGUGCUCAGCUUCAAUGCACUCACUGUGCCGGCAAGACUACACAUCACCGAUACCACGUUAACGCGAAACGAGUUCGCACUAUAUGUGGAUCGCGCCACCUCGGUGAGCAUCACUGGAAGCUUGUUUGAUGGCGGCCAGAGCUCCAACAACGAUGGAGAGUGUGUGACCUCGUUGUCAUCGGUGACAGACGUCUACAUCACGACCUCAUCAUUCCUGAAUCAUCGCAAUGGUGCACUGUGCAUCACUCACUCGCAGGCCUGGAUCUCAGACUCAGUGUUCAACAACAAUACCAACUACCUGGGCGAGUUUGGAAUCAUGUACAUCACACAAUCGUCCACGGUAGAUAUAGACAAUGUCAACAUCACCAAUGUGCAAGACCUCCAGGGCAUCGGCCUGUUCAUCACCGAGAGCUCGAUCGUGACCAUCCGCAACAGCAUCAUCAGUGACCUGAAUAGCAAGCUACUGGACGCCUCGCUGAUCCAAUCAUCCGAGUCGACACUCACCAUCAACAACACGCAGAUCUUCAACGUUCAGAUGCUGAUGAUCGUCUCCACAUUCUUGGGCGAGCUGACCAUUCUUGACAGUGAGGUGCGCGACACCACCGGCAGCGUGGUCUAUUCUUCACAAACAUAUGUCUACCUUGCCGACAGUAUAUUCUACAACAACUUCAACUCACCGUCCUACACAUUCCUGCUCUCAUCGAGCAACAGUGUGAUCACAGGAUCUAGGUUUGAAAGCCAGCGGGGCACAAUGCUCAUCCGCUUCAAUGAUGUCUACAUCAUCAACUCGACCAUCACCAAUAACACACAAACGUUCGUCGUGGUCAGUAGUGACUCGACGCUCUUCCUUCACGGUUCAACGAUAUCCAAUAACUACAACACGAUGAUCGACACCGAGCAGGGCGGCCAGGUGAAUAUCAACAACAGUACAAUCAUCGACAACUUAGACAAUACUGCUUAUAGUGGAGGUGUAAUAUCAAUGACAUCAUCGGGAAUUGUAGCAUUACGUGGUAGUACAUUCGAAUCUAAUCAAGCGGAAGAUGGAGGAGCAAUCAUCAUAGUGUUUGGACCUACCUACGUGUCGCAAAUGAUCACCAUUGUCGAGUGUAUAUUCACCAACAAUACGGCACCAUACGGUUUGAUUAUGGCUUCGAAUCCAGUCAAGCUGCAAUUCGAUGAGAGUCAGUUCCCCUUGGUGAUCAUCUCCAACGUGACCACAUUCACUGGCUAUGUCACGGUGAUUGACCUGUUCAAUCAGACCGUGCCAAUCUCUGUCAGCUUGAACAAGUUGGUCUACCUGCGACUCAACGAGGUGACCAUUAGCAUGAUGCCCGUCGUCAAUGGAUACGCCAACUUCACAAACGUGCAGCUCAUUGGCAAGGUAAACAAUACCGCCUCGAUCACCUUCCUAUGCAACGACCGUUCAAUCAUCCCUGUCGAAAUGGCCGCCUUUGCCCACCAUCAUGGCUUGCUUCCCGGGCCAACAACCUACCGCCUCAGGGACACUGUGCAGCCAAUGCCCGCUAGGCUCAUACGGAUACAAUGGCCAGACAUGCUUGCCAUGUCCAGACAACUCAUAUUGCGCCGGUGGAACGCAGGUCGAUGCUCGACCAGGCUACUGGUACGACGAGAAUGA